AUGUGGCGGGCGGCCUGGCGCUGCCUGGCGCAGGGGGGGCCCCCGGGCCUCCCCUUAGGGUACAGCAGAGGGGGUCCCAGGGGGGCCCCCCGCGGGUCUCUUCUUCGGGGGGCCCCCCAGGGCUGCCUGGGGGCCCCCAGGGGCCCCCAGCUGGGGGCCCCCCCCCCUCAUUUUGCUGCACUCUUCCGCUUUUGCUGCUCCCCCCUUCCUUGCCCAGCUUCUCCGUCGCGGGCCUUCUCCAGCGCGCCCCCCGCAGACGCUGCAGCAGCAGCAGCAGCAGAGCGCACUGCAGCAGCAGCAGCAGCAGCAGCAGCAGCUUCUCCCGCAGCGUCCCCAGCCUCAGCGCCCCCAGCAGCAGCAGCAGCAGCUCCCGCUGCAGCGUGCCCAGCAGCAACACCGCCCUCCGCCCCCGCAGCAGCAGCAGCAGCGCCGCCGCCGCCCGCAGCAGCAGCAGCAGCAGCAGCAGCAGCAGCAGCAGGAGCUUCCUGCUGCUGCCUGCCAGUGCCUGCGGGGCAGCUGCGGGAGCUUUCAAUCCGAGAAGAAAUGCGAAUGGUGGCUUGGCUAGCUGAGAAGACAGGAAUAGAUCUUUGCUGCCUCCGGGCCCGCGGUUUGCUGCUGCCGCUGCUGGGGCCCCACACCCCCCGGCCAGUGGGCUACGCCUGGCGCGAGCUGCUGCUGCUGCUCGGCGGCAGCAGCAGCAGCAGCAGCAGCAGCAGCAGCAGCGGCAGCGGCAGCGGCAGCAGCAGCGGCAGCAGCAGCAGCGGCAGCAGCAGCAGCAGCAGCAGCAGCAGCAGCAGCAGCAGCAGGGGGGUGGAGCGGCUGCGGAGCGUGUUCCGGCAAGCCUCUGUUGCUGCUGCGCUGCGCAGCGGGCGGCUGCUGGAAGUGCUGGACUGUUUUGCUGCUGAUGUUGCUUUUGCUUUUUGCCGGCCUUUGUUUGAACUGACUCCUGACAAGCAGCACUUGUUUCUGACUGUCUCCAUCGACUCCAUCCGCCUCUUCAGCAGCAGCAGCAGCAGCAGCAGCAGCAGCAGCAGCAGCGGCAGCAGCAGCGGUAUUAGCAGCAGCAGCAGCGGCGGCAGCAGCAGCGGGAGCGACAUUUGCUGCAGCGGCAGUGGCAGCGGCGGCAGCGGCAGCGGCAUUAGCGGCAGCAGCAGCAGCAGCCUCGCUGCUGCAGCAGCAGCAGCAGCAGCAGCAGCAGCCUCGCUGCUGCAGCAGGACGGCGCAUGCAUUGGCUCGGCCUGCCUGGUGUUCGUACACGUGGGCCCCGACGGCCGGCCCCGGGGGCCCCUCCCGCCGCUGCAGUCUGCUGCAGCAGCAGCAGCAGCAGCAGACGCAGCAGCAGCGCAGCACUUGCUGGCAGCAGCAGCUCGCCAGCAGCAGCGCCGCGCUGCUGCUCACAGAGACGCAGCCCUCAGGGGCCCCGACGCAGAGGAAACGGAGUUCCUCCACAAGACUUGGCUAGCUGCCUGCAGCAGGACCCCGGGGGCCCCCAGGGGGGCCCCCAGGGGGGCCCCCGGGGGGCCCCCGGGGCCCCCGGAGGGAGGAAAGAUACUUGUUGGAUAA